AUGCCGUCGCCCCCGUCGUCCGCGCGGCGGCGAGGCGCGCAGUUCCUCGGGGCCGACGAGUUCGACGAGCUGCCCGUGAGCCAGCGCAGCCUGGACGCCCUCCCCAGCGGCAGCAGCAGCGUCAGCAGCGACCGACGACGGCGACGACGCCGAGACACGAGCACCGAGCUGGAGACGCUCUCCAGCCACGAGUUCCGACGCCGAGCGGCCUCCGAGUCGGUCAUACCAGACGCAGAGCCCUCCAGACAGCAGCGGCAGUCGGUGACUAAGGAGAACUGCCCGCUGUUCGAGGACCUGACGCGGCUGGCCGACAAGAACGAGCCCGUGCACUUCGACACGUUCCGAGAGAGCUCAAUACGACGCAACAGUCGACUAAACACGGAGCUGCUGGAGGCGUAUCUUGCCUACUGCAAGUCCAUCGGCCACGAGCCGAACAUCCAACUGACAGGGGGUGUAACGGGGGAUAAGGACGAUGAAGGUCCCAAUGUGGCAGCGGCGUAUAUAUCUGAACGGCCGUGUGUACCGGAGCGGAAGCACUUUUGGACGGACUUUAUAGGCACCAGAUACAGCAAGCGACGAGGUUGCGUGCAGUUCUGGACGUGGCUGGGUAUUGGUGUGGGCAUUGUCAUUUGGCUCGGAUUCUCGCUCUCAUCGCUGCAUCUGAAUGAGGUGCUGCAUCUGGACGCGUUCACGGUCCAGAACGUGCAGGUCACGCAAGACUACACGUACCUGCAUUUCCUCGAAGAGGUCGACUUUCAUCUCACGUACACCAUCGAGACGCCGAGUCCGAGCUCCAGUGCGAACCCCAACUCGUCGUAUUUUAACGCGCUGCUGCUCAACGAGGACGAGUACGAGCACUACGUGGAAGGCGAGCCGUUCGAGUACGUUGAAGAAGGCUCCAAGUUGCGGACGACGUACGCGCAUUUGCCGCGCACAUACAUCGACAACACGAUCAAGGAGACCAUGUACUUCGUCAUCCAGCCAUGCUACCUCGAGCGUGACCCCACGGGUGACUACUGCCAAACGGGGCAACUGCCAUCAAGUGUGAGCUCCGAUGAGAAGAUCUACAACCUGGACAAGGACAAGAAAAUGAGCAAGGAAGCUGCGUGGGAGCACUUCAACGCCACGUACAUCUCGGUUAACCCGAUGCCCGUGGCGUGCAGUUCGUCUGGAAUUGUCGGUGGUGCGUAUUUAUUGCUGUUCUUACCAUACGUGAUCAUCACGCUGUUUGGACUGCGAGUUUUCCAGAUGAUCACGCAUUGCGAGAGCUUCCAGAAGAACAUCGAGCGCAUCUACGCCCGCGAACUAAACGUGCCUGAGAAUGAGGUGGACUAUUGGCAGCCGAUGCCUUGGGAUCGGAAGGUGCCUAAAACCAGGCUGUGCGGGCCGUGCUGCUGGAAGAAGUUCCGUCGGCCAUUUGAGCCCUUUUACACUUGGUGGCGGCACGAGAACUACUUCACGUGGGUCUUUUGCCCAUACCGGAACGAGCAAUUGUCGCGGGGCGAGCGGGCCCUGAUCGUUGUGUGCUCACUGUACAUUACGUUCUACGUGCUGUUCAUCAUCGUGAUGCUGCGAGACUCGUGGGGUGCAGACAUCACGAUCUUCACGUCUGUGGUGCUGUACGCCAUCAUGGUGUCGGUGAUGCCUUCUGCUGGCAAAGCCAUUUUCAAGGAGCUGUUCAAGUUGAUCUUCCGCCAGCGGCGCAAGUACUUCCGAGCCAAGGCUGCUGGUGGAGAUCUAAGCGGGUUUUCGUUCCGGCUCGCGUUCAUCUUGCAGAUUCUGGUGGUUGUGCUGCUUACGUUGGCGCAGGCUCCGAUCUUCUACAUCUGGGCAUUCCGCAGUUGCCUCUUCCUUAAGCAGUUUAUCUACUACGGCGUGCUAGCAGCGAUCGCGCGCAUGUCGCUCAUGGGGUUAGUUCAGGACUUUGUGUGGUACCUGAUCAUCAAGACCUGGGGGUGGAAGGACCUGUGUCCGUACUGCACGGAGCGUAUCAAGCACUGCGACUGCUUCAAUGAUGAAGUGCUGGUGCUCGCAGUUCAACACGUUGGGCCCAAGUGGGAGCUCAUUCACCUCCUCGAUGGACUUCUCGCGAGACAGAAUAAUUAUGAACCGCAGUUUGAGCUCUACACGUCCGAGCAACUGCGCGAGCGCUGGGAUGUAAUCGUGGAGCGAGCCGAGGCCCACAUGGAGAAGGUCGAGAAACUGCGCGCGUACCGAGAGAAGAAGCGUCAAGACGCAUUGCGUCAUGACCGUAUUCGACGCAGCUUUGCGAGCUUUAUGUCGUUCCAAGGCACAGCGCAGGCGGUUCACCCCGACACCGACCAAGUCGACGAUGGCGCCACCAAAGGCCGUAAGAUCUCCGAUGCCAGCGAUCAUGAAGAAGACCCAGAUCAUGAUCAGUUGGAGCACAUGUGCAACAUGCGUGAGAAGAAGAUUUUGUCACUGAACAGCAAGAUUCAGCUGGACGAGUUCGAGAAGCACUACGACUCCAACAUCUCGGACGUCUUCCACGCACUCGCACGCUCCGUUACCAAGCGUCGUCGUCACGAGAAGCACGAGCAUUCCAGACACGACAACGAAGGAGAUGAGGACAAAGCGGACGAAGACAAACGGACCACGCUUACAACGCGCCAGAGCAGCAGCGACUCGAGUAGCAGCGACGGCGAGACCAUGUGGGUAUUCGACACACCGGCGCAGCGUCUCGAGCGCCGUGAGGAGGAGAAGCUGCAACGCAAACGGGCGUUCCGCGUGUUAAAGGACUACAACAUUCACAGCGUGGCUCCGUCUUCAGAGCAUUCGGCCCCAGCACCUUCAGCGUUGUCCCCUUCCGGUCCGGUGCACGCUGCAACCGGCCGAUUGGCACGACAAGACACAAGACACGUGCCGCUAUUGUCGACCCGCCACAAAGACACCACGCCCCGCGAAGAAGACCUGGUGAUCCUCGUGCCGGACGCGCACAGCAAGAACAAGAACAACCUGGACGCAAUGGCCAACGCCCGCGUGGAGGACGACUACGAUGACGAAGAAGACAGCGACUUCCCGAGCGACUUGGAGCGCGGGCAGUCGCGCUCUGCGUCGUCGUCGCAAGCUGCAGCUGCAGGCAACCGGGUCUACGCCGUGACGGAGCGGCCCAAGACGCUGUUCCGGCGGAUGUCCACUUCAGCAUCGGCGUUCGCUGCGUGGGCGCUGGACUACGACCCGAAGGCUGCAUGA